AUGAGCGCCGUUCAGCCUCAGUCGGGCCUGGCUCUUGCCGCCCGUUAUGCGGUUCCUUUUGUUUUGCUCUCAAUACCUGUAUGGAUGAAUCGGGUCAAUGCCGUGGUUCCGGAGCCGUAUCUGGAUGAAGCUUUCCAUAUUCCUCAAGCUCAAGCAUAUUGGCAUCACAAGUGGACGCACUGGGACCCGAAAAUCACUACGCCCCCUGGACUAUACCUCUGGUCGUAUCUUCUUUGCGCUGGCGCGCUUUUGCUUCGAGGUUCCCUGACGGAACUCAAUGCGGAAGCACUCCGUUCAACCAACGUUGCAGCCGCCACCAUCUUCCUGCCCUUGAGAUUGCAGACCUUGCUCGAUAGCCUACGCAAAGAACGCAAUACCCGUCCAUCUGGCGCAUGGCUAAGCCACACUGUACUGAAUAUCUGUCUCUUUCCGCCGUUGUUCUUCUUCUCGGGCCUCUACUAUACCGAUAUCCUUGCCCUGUUGGUCGUAAUUGAAGCGUACAACUGGGACCUUAAACGAUCGACUCCAAAUGCCUCCGCUGGUCAGACUUUUCUGUUCAUCCUUCUGGGGGUGGCUGCCCUAGCCUUUAGACAGACCAACAUCUUCUGGGUCGCGGUUUUCUUAGGCGGAUUGCAGGUCAUCCGGACAUUGCGGACAUCGGCCAAGACAUGUCAGUCAUCGAAUCUUGCGGAUAUUGCCAAAGGAGGCUUCAAGAAUGAAUUGUAUGACCCUCAAGUAUCAGAGGCUUCAUUGGCAGAUUAUUUUAAAACUGCCGUUUCCCUCUGUUCUGCUGCGCUUGGUAACUUCGGACAGGUUGUUAUCUCCUCAAUCCCAUAUGUGGUCAUUCUUAUGGCCUUCGGAGGUUUUGUGUUGUGGAAUAAUGGGGUUGUCCUGGGACACAAAGAAUUCCAUACUGCGGGCUUGCAUCUGCCUCAGAUGCUGUAUAUCUGGCCUUAUAUCUUUUUCUUCUCGUGGCCUAUCCUGAUUUCACCGGUUGCAAAUAUGAUCCUACCCAAAAUCUCUCUGCCCAAGUUCAUGCACUAUGGCUUUUCCGAGAAGCAGACAGGUCUCCCCAAAAUUUUGACAUUUCUCACGAUCGUCCCUGUUAUGCUGGCCACCGUUCACUACAACACUAUCGUCCACCCCUUCACACUCGCCGACAACCGUCACUAUGUCUUCUACGUCUUUCGCAUUCUUCUUCGGACUCAUCCAGCUGUCAAAUAUGCCGCGACUAUUAUUUACUUCCUCUGCGGUUGGGCGGUUGUUUCAGCCUUUGGCUUCUCGACUACUGCACCGCCGCCUCGAUUCGUCCAAGCUCCACAGCCCACGCCGGCCUCCCGGCCAUCUGUUCUGAAAGGUCAAAAAGCCCAAAAACAGAGCGACAGCAAGAAGAAGCCUUCUAGGAAAGUCACUCAGCCUCCCAAAACCCAACAGCUAACACCGGAAGCAUUCGCGAGAAUCCAAGAGGCGAUCAAGCAACGCCAACUGCAGCAACCGAAUGCGCCGCGAGUCAGCUUUGUCCUUGUCUGGCUUGCCGCCACGGCUCUCUCACUUAUCACUGCGCCGCUGGUUGAGCCACGAUACUUCAUAAUCCCCUGGGUAAUGUGGCGACUACAUCUCCCCCGGCAGCCCACGCCGCUCGUUUACCGGGAGCAGCGUCCUCAGAAUGCGAAAGAAGCGCUGCAUGCGAAGAUCGCCACCAACUUCCCACUAUUCGUGGAAACCUUCUGGUUCUUGGUCAUCAACGUUGUGACCGGAUACAUUUUCCUCUACAAGGGUUUCGAGUGGCCCCAGGAGCCUGGCAAGAUCCAACGGUUCAUGUGGUGA